AGUCUGAAAUAUUUCCCUUUGUUUCAGAUGAAUCUAGAUUAUGUUCUAAUACAUUCACCUGUAUGAGGGAUCAUGUCAGUGUCAAAGUCUGGAUCAAUAACGGACCCCAGAGAUGGAGGCGUGCUGUGGCCCCUGAGUCACAUGACUUCACUGAACUGUUCCUGCUGCUUCUUUUAAAACGGCAGUGAAAUUGAAAAGUGAAAAAGCUGAAGUGAAACAGCCGUUUAUGUCCAGUCUGGUUUGUUUUGCCUGGUUGAGACCCGGCCUACAGAGAACACGGUUUAUUCUCUGACAAUCAGGAUAUCCUCCGGAUCUUUCUAAGUUUAAUGAAGCUGUUCAGAAGUCAGUGAUGUCAGACUGUGAUCUCUCCUGCAGAAAUAUGGAGAACAACCAUCUCUGUAAGGGAUUUGAGAGCUCAGGGGAUGACAGCAGGAGGCUGAAGAGGAGAGAGAAGAACAGAGUUUCAGCCCGAAAGAGCCGGAGGAGACAAACGCUGAGAGCUGACCUUCUACAUCAGGCCUGUGAGCUGCUGGAACAGAAAAACAGAAAGCUGAGAAGUGAGGUGGACUCUCUCUCUGAAGAGCAGCGCCUCCUGAACGACGCUCUGAAUGCACACGAGCCCCUGUGUCCCAUCAUGCACUGCUCCUUCACCUCCUCGUCCAGCCUGCAGCCCGACCCUAGAGAAACCCCGUCAGUCUGAGUCCACCACCUUUUUUCUGACCGUCUCUGAAUCCUGCCUGUGUAAUACUGCAGUGACCCACUAGAGGACGCCCUUCACCAUGAUCAGAGACAGCAUGGCGAGACUGCUGAUCUCAGAGUGACACAGAAUGGAGGGCGCCCUCUGGUGGUCAAACUGUGGUACAGCAGCUCCUGUCCUAAAUGUAAAUGCAUCAUUAGGACACAGUUGUCUUUAGUUUUUAUGAAUAAAAAGGUGAAGUGUG